GUACGAAACCUUCGUAAAAAUUAUAUUACACUGAUACACCUCGAUUAGUUCAUAUAUCAUUUGAGGCUAUCGACACCGUGGGCACGCACAUCGCACGCAACUUGCUGAAUCGUCGAACAACCAGGGGCAUUUUGGUCAUUUCAGCUGUCCCAUACCCAAACGUUUAAAUGCUAGCUGUGUAUGAGAGUGACCUCAAAACACUCAUCUGAGUGCUUUUAUUGCUCUGCUUUCCCCAAAAGGCCCACAGUCUACCCACACUACUAAACAGUUCAUGGGAAAGAAAAAGAUUUGAUUUUUUUUAGAGCCAGAAGAGAAAGAGGGGAAGAGAAAGAGGAGGAAAUUAACCGUUGAAGGCGGCGCUAGGAAAAGGGGCUGUAGCGUUGGGAGGGGGGAAAAAGCUAACUUGAAUUUUCUGGGUUUUAUUUGAAUGUGCUUAGUGUAAAGAAUAUUUUUGUAAAAAAUCAGUCUUUUUCACACAGUGAUUAAGAUAUGUGUGUUUGUGUGUGUGGAAUUUUGAAUUGUUAUUGAAGUUUGACAUAGAUCUGUUUAGGGAGAUUUGAGCUUGUGAUGCUUUGUUUCUGGGGAUUUGAGUGGUUGGAUUGUAGGAGGGAAUGUGACAUGCUCCCUCCCUCUCUCUUGCAAUCUCUCUCUAAAUCAUAGUAAUUGUAUUCCGUUUUUUGAUUUUUUUUGCUACUGACAGUGUGAUAGCGUCUAUAAUGGAAAUGAGGGAUUGAUUUGGAAUUCCAGGUCUCUAAGCUUUAGAGAAGAAGAAAAAGAAGAAGGAAAAAAAUGGGUUGCUUUUCUUGCAUAAGUCAUCCCAGUAAGGAUAUGAGGGACUAUAAUGGAGGAGAUAUUGACACUAAUUCAUCGGUUGGUGGGAAGAGAAAGGCGAAUAUGAGUGGCAGUGUGAGUGUGAAGAAGGGAGGUGCUGCGAGGGCAGAGGGCAAGGACGGAAACAACCCCUCGAAGGGCAAUGCUGCUCGUAGCUUCACCUUCAAAGACCUUGCUCUGGCCACUCAGAACUUUAGGGAGGCUAAUCUGAUAGGCGAGGGAGGUUUUGGGAGUGUUUACAAAGGCCGUCUCGAAUCUGGCCUGGUUGUUGCUGUGAAGCAGCUUAAUCUUGAAGGGCUGCAAGGGAAUCAAGAAUUCAUUGUGGAGGUUCUGAUGCUGAGUCUGUUGCACCACCCGAACCUCGUGAACUUGAUCGGUUACUGCACUGAUGGCGACCAGAGGCUCCUUGUUUACGAGUUUAUGCAAAUGGGCAGCUUGGAGAACCAUCUGUUUGAGCCUACUCAGACGCCGCUCAGUUGGAGCAUGAGGUUGAAGAUUGCGGUUGGCGCUGCUCGUGGCCUUGAGUAUCUUCACUGCAAAGCGAAUCCGCCUGUUAUCUACCGCGACCUGAAAUCUUCAAACAUACUGUUGGACAAAGAUUUCAAUGCCAAGCUGUCGGAUUUUGGGCUUGCCAAGCUAGGGCCGGUUGGCGACAACACUCAUGUCUCAACACGAGUGAUGGGGACCUACGGAUAUUGUGCCCCAGAAUAUGCCAUGAGCGGAAAGCUCACCCUAAAAUCCGACAUCUACAGCUUCGGCGUAGUUAUGUUGGAGCUCAUCACCGGACGCAAGGCCAUCGACUGCACCAAAAUCCCGGGAGAGCAGAAUCUUGUCAUGUGGUGUCGGCCUUAUUUGAAGGACCGGAGGAAAUACGUACAAAUGGUGGAUCCUUUACUCGAAGGGCGAUUCUCGACCCGGAGCCUCCACCACGCCGUUGCAAUCACGGCAAUGUGCCUUCAAGAACAAGCCAGCUUCCGCCCGUUGAUCGGGGACAUCGUGUUGGCACUCGAGUUCCUAGUGUCACAAGCGGACGAUUCUCGGAGAGGUCGGUCCCACAGCCGAACCUCGUCAUCGCCAUCGCAGGUAGAUAAGGCUGAUUCAAGAAGGCAAGAUCUCGAAGAUCCGUCGAUUUGAAGUUCCGGCCUCGUCCGUAGAUGAAACCCUCGUCUCCGGGCGGGCGACGAAAAAAACAUGCUUAGAGGUGCUCUUGAUGUUGCCUUCUUUGGCAACUAAAUACAUAUAGGGGUUUGAUCAUCUUGUCAUAGUGUUAUUUUACUGUAAAUAAUUGUUCAUGUUGUUGCUAACACAGUUUUUUUGUUUUAUUUAUUUUUGGGAUUUCUUGA